CGUUGCAAUAUGGCGACCGCUACGACGCCUGCGAACCCCUGGGUUCCUGUUAGCACGUGGCAAAUACGCACGUCCCCCUUCUGACCGGAAGUACGAAGUAAACAGGAGAGGAGAGUGUGUUCCUGAAUUUGUUACACUGGCUCCACUUGUGUUCCUACAGUAUUCUCAGUUUAAACGUGACCGAGUAUUCAAAAAGCACGUGUCGUAACCACUUCCACACCAGUCAGCAGAUACUGAGGGUGCAACAUGUCUGCAGUAAAGACAGAAGAUUCAGCAAGUGAGGGGAAUGGUGAAGGUCCUGUGUACGAAGAUAAAGAGGAAAACUACAAUGUCAGACCAGAAGACCUCUCUGAGCUGCUGGCUGCAGGAACCAAAGCAGUUCAUGAGCAAGCUGAAAACACACAGUUCGUCAAAGAUUUCCUUCGUGGAUGCAUACGCAAGGAGCUCUUUAAGCUUGGAGCUGUGGCACUUUAUUACACCUAUUCAGCCAUGGAGGAAGAAAUUGAGAAAAACAAGGAUCACCCACAGUUUGCACCUCUUUACUUCCCCAGCGAGCUUCACCGGCGUGACGCACUGGCUCGGGAUCUUGAGUACUUCUACGGCAAGGACUGGAAAGAUCACAUCAGCUGCUCUCCUGCCACUCAGCGCUAUGUGGAGCGCAUUCAUGAAAUCGCUCACGAAGACCCGGUUUUACUGGUGGCUCACGCAUACACACGCUACAUGGGUGACCUCUCAGGAGGUCAGGUGUUAAAGAAAGUGGCCCAGCGUGCUCUCAAGCUGCCCCCUACAGGAGAGGGAGUGUUUUUCUACCAGUUUGACAGCAUCCACAGCAACAAAGCAUUCAAGCAGCUGUACCGGAGUCGAAUGAAUGAGCUGGAGCUUGAUACCAGCACAAAAGAAAAAAUAGUUCAGGAGGCUGUGAGAGCGUUCCAGUUCAACAUGGAGGUUUUUCAGGAGUUGGAGGAAAUUGGGAAGACUAUUCAAGAUGAUGUUCUGGAUGGAGGUCCUAUCCACGAUCACAUGACAGGAGACAUCAGCAAAUGUCCUUACUAUGCUGCCAAAAUGGCUGCCAGUGGAGGAUCAGCAUAUGUUUAUCAAAUGGCUGCAGCGCUUCUCAGAAACCCCACAGGCCAAGUGCUGCUAGCAGCGUGGAUCGCUGCUCUUGCCGGAUUGGUUGCCUGGUACCUCAUAUGAUCCAUUCAUGUGUCAAUGGAAUUGUAAAUGUGUAAUUCUUAUGCCGAUGUUUGAGCACCUUCCCCUUACCGGUAUCCUGAUCUUAAGAGAAUUGCUAAGCCUUUUCUCAGACAAGCAUGAAGGAGGAACUUCCAUCAUUAACCUCUUAAAAGAAGGAUGACCUUUUGGGUCUGACUGAUGAAUACAUUCUUUAUAUGCUUCUUUUACCUGGGAAAUGUUGUCCCACUCAGCUUUCACUUACGGAGUGAAUGUGUUUAGACUUUUGCUGCGUAGUGUAUUGCAUAUAGAUAACUAUUAAUGCUGUAAUAAUACUUCUCUGUGGUUUAUUCAGUUCAUUUCAGAAGUUUUGGAAUAACACAUUUAUGCCCUGGCCCAAGUGGCACACUUGCAGCUUGCGAUCCUUGUGUCUGUGAUGCUCUGUGUUACUUAUUUAAAAAAGGCAUGAGAAGAUGGCUCACGAGUACAUUAGUACAUCUACAUUUUCAAAUUUACACAUCCUUUCAUUGGUUAACCCCAUGUCAUCUGCAUUGUAACCUGUUAUCAGCCAGCUAACUUGCCUUGCUUGCUUUAUAAAUGAAAUAUCACCCUUAGCAACAUUUACCUAAAGAUUGAUUUCAAGUUUUGGAGGCUCAAAUUCUAGGAAAUAAGAGCCAUCAAUCAUAAACCUGUAGCAGCUAGAGGAUGUGCUGGUGCUCAAAGAACAAGACAAAAAAAAAAAAAAAAAAAACAGGAAAAAAAGCACUCUGCACUCUGAAUCUUACCAACGCUAUCUCUUAGCCAAUAUGCAGUUCUGCUCAAGCUCCAGACAGGGUGGAUCAGAAGCAGCUCGCAGAUAAAAUGGAGAAAACACUCCAAAUUUUUAGUAAAUAAUUAAAUGGCAUUUAGCAGAAUUGAAGUUAUAACAGAGCAAAACUAAUUCCCUAAAAUAAAUAGAUACAAUUAAUAUAUUUUCAAGUAAUAAAUGUUUGCAGUAAGGCUCUUCAGUGUUAUUUAUAAAAGACUGCAGGCUUCCAUUUCAGGAAAAACAGAGCUGAAACAUGCUGAAUGGAGAGUAAGAUAAAGGAGUUAAAGAUUUGAAACCAGCAGCCUGUGAUUCAGCAACUAAAGAUAAUUUGAAUUAGAUCAGUUGUAUCAUAGGAAUGUGUUUUUGUUGUAUCAUAGGAACACACCUAUGUAUCCUCACCACAAAAGGACCACAGGGAUUAGGGCACUUCACAUAUAUACUUCACAUAUUUCACAUAUGGAUACUUCUGUACUCCAUAUCACACAUAACUGCUUUCAAUAAUGAUAAAUGCUGUUAUGCAUGAACCAGAGAGCAGUAUAUCUGCAGGGCAGACUGUGUGUGUGUGUGUGUGUGUGUACGCACGCGUGCUAUUAGCUCUUUCCAACUUGACAGGACUGGCGUUGCAGUGUAUGUUCUUUUGCUCUGUGUUUUAAAUGACCAAAAUAAUAAUCUGGGCAUUCAAAACCAAACACUGCUAUACCAUAUCAGUUCUUGAUGCAGUAGACAGUUUAAUACAUGUCACAUGAUUCACCACUCUGCUGUGAUAUGAUGGUUUUUAUAUGACUGUAAUACUGUAGCUUUUGAGAAGUAUUGAAAUAAUAGAUCAUUUUUGCUAAAUAUAUAUGCUGAUAAAGUACUAGUUUAAACACAUUGUGCUGUGAUUUUAGUUACUGAUUAUCAGUCCUGGGGUUUUAAGUGUUUGUUAAGGCAGCACAUGUUACCACUUUUUGGACAUUCAGAACCUGUUUAAAAACGGUUAUAAGUUUUCUUUGGUCAGAUAAUGACAUGUUAAUGAGUAUAUAAUGUUUCCAAAUGUAUUAUAUCACAUACUUAGUUCAGCAGGUUGUUUGUGCAGUACUAGUGUUAAACAUCUUUGUGCCAUGAAA